CGGAACGGUACUUUUGUUUUUUUUUUCGCACACAGAUGACAGUCACCUGUCUGCUUCGAAACUGUUGGUUGUUCUGGUGCAAACUUAACAAUAGAAUCGACCAACAGCGAUGGUAUUUUGGAGACCAAUGUUGAAUUCUGCCAAACGCAUUCCCCUGAUCAAGUUCCGUAAAGGAGGUCCCUAUCUGGAAAGCGGCAGUGCCGGACACCCUACGGGAGCAGCUGGCACCGCAUCCGGUGCGGCACAAACGAGUCCGGUUUCACCGGGUGGGGCGAUCGAAGAGUGGCAGCUGCCUGCCAGAUACCGCAGGAAACCCAUCGACGAUGUGGAAAUCGAAUGGAUUAAUCGCGGAGGACCGCCGGCGUAAAACAGUUCCAUACUUCGUGGCCGUGGAAGCUGAUCCUAGUCAUUUAAGCUAUUUGCGCUCCUAAACACACCACUAAAUAUUUUUUGUCAUCAUUAUAUUCACUCAUCUUCUGCGUGUUAUCACCACAUUGUAGCGUUGACCUUUCAGUUAAAAAAAAUAGAACUGCUCUACCAUGCGCCAUUGAAGCCGUUGUUAGAUGUCCAAAUGAAGCAAACUAAAUAGAAGUGAAACCUAUCAAUAUCAACGAUGGUGCUAAAUAGGCAAAACUGACGACUUGAUUAAGAGAGCAGUAAGUAAAACAUAAUUGAUGGCAAAUCGUGUACUUCUCUGGCUGAUGAGUUGAUUCAGUCUGUAACGAUUAUCAGCCAACAUUGAUUAUAAUAAAAAAAUCAAAAUUGUAUUUAAUUAAAAUUAUUUGAAUAAAGCUCAUUAAAACUAG